AUGGACGGAUACCCAGUAGGAAGCCUGGAUCACAACAUCCCGCACAUCGUCCUCGCCGGCUUGACGUCAAGUCCUACACGAGACCUGCCUCUGAACGCAGAGCUUCGAGACCAGGCCAUCCUCAUUCGGUCAGAACUGCCGAGUAUUCAAGGCAAAGAUGCUGAAGCUCUGAAAGACUACGUUGUGCGCCAGGAUGGGAGAAAGCAGCCUUGGAAUGGGAGGGACAGCGGGAAACCGUACAAGCUGCGGGUCACCGUCGCUGGUCGAUCUCUUGUCCUUCCUCCCCGUCGCGCCAGGCUUCCAGACGGCCUCGAGGCACCUGAGACGCCCGCAGUCUUACACUCGCCUUUUUCACCCCUGAGUCCGGCGUCGCCUUUGUAUCCCGACGGCUUGAUGAAUACGGAUUGGCUUCAGAAACAUGAGGAUAUGGUCCCCAGUGUCUACGUGUCAUGCUACACCUUGACGUCCGAUCCCACUCUAGCGAUGCUUCACGAUAACCAGCUCAAGACCGACGUCAACACCAUCAAAGCUGCUCUCAGCAGGUCGGGCUACAGGACGCGUUUUGCCGUGGUUCUCAUGAGUGACGGUACCGUGCCCUCUUCUAUGCAAGAGUUCAUGCAGGACCGUCUCGACAACAUCAGAAAAGGCGUUGCUCUGGACACCAAGUCGUUCUUCUACUUUUCAUCUCACGACUUGUCCAAAGACUUGGAACAUGCAGCAGAUUCUAUGCUGGCAGCCGUCUUCCUUCAGGCCAUAGAGUACUACCGCGAUCUCGGUCGUCAUGCUAGGAAGAAGCGCAGCCGAGGCGUCGCUCCCCAGCCCACGGUGCCUCCUACAAGCACCUCACAAACACUGACGGUGCAGGACUGGAAUGUGCGAUAUGAUUACAAGACGGCCAUCUUCGCCGAGUAUCGCCAGGAAAUGGAUGCGGCUCUACGCUCAUACGACCAGGCCUACGAAGGACUUCUCAGUCAAGAUGUGAUGGACAUCAUCCCCAGCUGGAGUCCGAGAUGGAACGAGGCGCGGAUGCUAGCCGAUUUCAUUGCCAUACGUAGCAUGCGAUGCUUGCUCUGGGCUGGACAGACUACGGCUGCAGCGCGGAGGUGGCAAAUACACCGGGAAAGGAUGGCGGAUUUCGUUGACAGGCGUGGCCGAGGGACCAACAAUUAUGGCUGGGCCGCGUGGGAAUCAAGAUGGGCCAUCGUCAUGGCCAACUUGAUCGAGAGGGUGGAUGUCCGCAGCUUGGCGCCGUCGACUCGAACUCUGUUCCUUCAGCCAGAGAAGGCUGCUGCGGGCGAGCGACUACAGCCCUGGGAGAUGCUGCACCACACGGGAUACUGGUACCGCGUCGCUGCUGAACAUCUGGUUGUCCGACGAGCCCUCGCUCGGUCCAUUCCGGAAGAAGACCGGCGCUCGCCAGAGACCACUCCGGCAUCAGCCCUGGCCAGCAAGGCGUUCCAAUACGACACGUACAUGUGCCCAGACCCCCAUGAAGAGUUUCCUGUUCAUGGGAUGGGCGUAAACCACUCUCAACUUAUAAUAGACUGCUUAAUGGCGGCCAGAUCACAGUUCCAGGCGCGGGGACAACUCCGGUUGUCGGCCGAGCUGUCGCUAGAGUGUGCCAAGGAAAUGGUUAACAUAAAGGCGUGGGACGACAUAGUGGCGUUGUUGCGGCCGUUGUGGGAGGACAUGUCAUUCAGAACAGAGGGCUGGCUGAACAUCACCGAAGACCUGAGCUGGGUGUUACGUGCUGCGGCGGCCCAUGCUGGACAGGGAGAGCUCGUGGUUGCCAUUGAUUGGGAGCUGCUGAACAGGAAGUUCACGCGGCGGCCCAAGUGGCAUUACGACAUAUCCAGAUCCCUAGAGGGCCUUAAACUCGACUCGAAGCCAACGGUGAUGAUCAAUGACAACGUCAUCUCAUCUUUCAUAUCCGCGUCCUUCAUCUUCAAGACUGAAGACGGCAAGGCUGGCGAGGCUUGCCAGGCACAGCUUGCGAUUAAAUCAGACGCGUUCCCGGACGCGGCGACGGUAACUCUCAAAGGCUUGAGGAUCGACUUCGAAGGCAGCCUCAAGACCAUCACACUAGACCACGAGGCAGGCUCUACAAAAGGCACAGAAAAGGGCAAUGUAACGCUAUCGAGGGUGCCUCUAACCGAGAAAGCCCGGGCAGAUGCCGAAGAAGGCGAUGAGGGCACAUCAGGGCUCGGCGGAUCGGCAGACUUGUCGGUGAAGCCGGGCCACAUAAGUGUCUACGAGAUGGCGAUACCCCUGCGAGAGCCUGGGGAGGCUCAUGCUUCCUCGGUGACUCUGGUUCUGGAGACUGACACGUUCACACUCAACUACACUAUCGCCUUUCGAAAUCUGGAGGCGGCGGACUUCUGGUUUAGCCCCUCCUUGUCGAGGAGGCGGAUUGUGCGGCAGAGCGCACACGUCAUCCAAGUACAGGCGAGGCCGCCCAAGCUGGAGAUCAAGCUGGCGCAGCCCCUGGAACAGUUUUAUGCGAAUGAGCCCAUGGACUUGCUGUUAGAUGUGAUCAACGCCGAGGACGCAGACGCGGUCGCCAAGCUGGAGGUUCACGUCUUCGGCGAACAAAUCCCGCCCUUCCGAGUGCACAUCGAGAACGGAGAGGAACACACCGCGGAAGCCGGUAAGGAGGAGGCCAAGCUCGCAGGCCUGUCGCUCGGCACGCUGGCGACGUCGCAAACGACCCGCAUCAAUAUUAGCCUAGACCCGGUGCAACUGACAACCUCAUAUGAUGUGACGCUGAGAAUCUUCUACCAUCUCACCACUGACCCGGCGACCUUGAUCAUGCAGAUCCUACCGGCCCAGCUGACCGUCGUCAACCCCUUUGAGGCUAAUUACGACCUCAUUCCCCGCCUCCACUCCGAUCCCUGGCCAAGCUUGUUUGACCACGAGGGUGUGCAGGAUCCCUCGGUAGACGAAGCCGCGGUGCAGCCUCGCGGACUGGCGCAGAGGUGGUGUCUGGUUUGCCACUUCGCAUCGUUUGCGACGGACGACCUGGAGCUGGUCGGCAUGGACGCCGAGGUGGUUGCAUGCCAAAACAACGCGCGAUGCACCACAGUGAGCGGGCCAGAGGUUCCCGAAGGAGGUCUCCGCAUCCCGCCGAGGCAGAUGCAGGAGGCGCAGUUCGACUUGGUGGCGCAAAAGUUCAGCCUCGACGACAAGGGACCGGCGUCUCUUGACGUGGCCUUUGUCCUCAGGUGGAGGCGGGUGAAAUCUCCAUCUUCGGCGGCGGCGGCCGUCAACACGACCAGGAUGCUCGUCCCGCGAUACAUUGUGCUGGGCGCCGAACCCCGCGUCCUCGCUUCGUACUCGCUCGCCAGCCCGCUGACGGGCCUGAUCAACCUAAACAUCACCAUCGAGAACCCGUCGAGCCACUUCCUGACGUUCGGCCUGAGCAUGGACCCGAGCGACGAGUUCGCGUUCUCGGGCUCUAAGCAGACGACGAUGCACGUGCUGCCGGUCUCCAGGAGGACCAUCACGUAUCGGCUGCUGCCCCUUGUGAGAGGCGACUACAUCCGGCCCACGCUCGUGGUGAGGGACAAGUACUUCCAGAAGGUGCUGAGGAUCAUCCCGACGGAGGGCAUGAAGAUCGACAAGGAAGGGCUGCAGGUGUGGAUUCCGCCGGAAGAGGGCGAGGAAGGGAAUGAGGGAGAAAGAUAA